UUAGAUUUAUUUGCCUUUACCGGAGAAUUACUAGACUGCAUAUUGCAUUAUAGCGCGCCCUUGCGAUUUGCGAAAUAGCUGGUCGUCCAUGCAGCCCUACUUUGGCAAGCACUUGAAAGGGAGCUCUCUCUAGCGGCGGUAUCGAUCUGAGCGUUUCGUUUGGCCGCUCGUGCACGACGUUCUCUCGGGAUAUUCGCCUAGCGGUCGCCGUCGGCGCCGGCCUUGCUGCACUGUUUACGAACUGUGUAUACUCAUUUUAUCCGCGCGAUCAUGUUCGCUAAAGCUAAUUGAUAACGCGGUACACGCACUUCUAAAAGCACCAGUGAGCCACUCGAGGCUCAUUACACACUUAUUUGAUCGAUUUUGAACAGCGAAAAGCAAAGCAGACAAAAUGGGUUGUUUUGUCAGUAAAGACAAACUUACCAAGGAAGACAUGGAUUUUCUCAAAACUCACACAUCGUAUGAUGAGACCACUAUCAAGGAGUGGUACAAAGGUUUCAAGCAAGACUGCCCUAACGGCCGACUGACACCUGCAAAAUUUGUCGACAUGUACAAGAUGUUUUUCCCUUCCGGGAAUGCUGUCGAAUUUUGCGACCACGUGUUUCGCACUUUCGAUAUGGACAAGAACGGCUAUAUAGAUUUUAAGGAGUUCCUGCAAGCGAUCCAUGUGACAUCGAGUGGCACUCCUGAAGAAAAACUCAAGUGGGCCUUCCGCAUGUACGAUGUGGAUGGAAAUGGAGUCAUAGACAUUCAGGAGAUGACAAAAAUAGUCCAGGCCAUCUAUGAUAUGCUUGGCGCUUGCUCGAGUAACCGACCGGCCGACUCGGCUGAGGAGCGCGCCAAGAACAUCUUCGCCAAGAUGGACGAGAACAACGACGGUCAGCUUACUCAGGACGAGUUCCUCAAAGGGUGCCUGCAGGACGAGGAGCUGUCCAAAAUGCUCGCGCCCUAAAUUGCGCACAUCACACACUAGCCCACGGCCCGAUCACUAACCCACCCCACUUUAUAUCUCACGAUAAGCGAAGACGGCGUCGUCUUGUCCACACGACAGUACGAUUUAUAAAAGUCGCGAAACUUAAACAGAACAACUCUUCUCUUUAUUAAUUUCAUAUUGAAUUUUGAAGACUCCAUUCUGGAUACAUUGCAGUUUUCAUUCAGGCGGUCGCUUGCUUUUAGUAAUGGGGUAAUUUCGCGACUACAUCGUGAAAAAUAAUAAUAAAAAAUGAACUUUUAAAAUAUAUACAAAUGGUUACGGAAAUCAUUAUUUCGGACUGAUUUUAACCAGAUUGAGAAUUGAAAUUGUAACAUUUUAGAUUUUUAUAUACACAGAAAUAAUGAAGAGAUUUUUGAUGACGUAUUGAGUAAAGUUUGGGAAUUUAUGGGGAAGGUAAUGUUUACAGAAACAUGCCUUGGCUUUCCGAUAUGAGGUAGUGUUGUGUUGCUGUCGUGUAGACAUGGCACCGAUGGUCAGCGGGCGAUGCGGCGGACGCCAGAUCGCCUGUGCGAUUCUCUCGCACGAGCGGCCGUCAACACCACGCCUAGAAUACGUUCACCUCCCGAUAACAUGAUGACAUACAACAUCCAAACUAAAGACAUGCUGUAGAUAUUUCGAGCCCAACAUGCGAUGCGUGGGCGUUAUUUAACAGCUUUCCCAAAACAGUAUUUUCGUCGAUUUGUAAAAAAGUAUUAAAUUAUGAAAUUAAUCCAAUAUUGAUGUAACGAACUAGAUGUCAAUGGAUUCUUGAGUAUUGAAAGUAUAUGAAAAUGUCCAUUCCUAAUGAUAAAUAUUUAAGAAGCUGUCAGAUUCUCCAUAUCUUCGAUCAUUAUGUAUAAAUCCUAUCCUGAACCGUUUAUCCGUAUCAAUGAUCUAUUGUUGUCUCUUUGGAUGUUCCAUUUAUCCUGCUGCAUUUCCUGCCUCCUUUGACGGAGAACUACACUUCUGCACAGUAUAAACUAAUGUCAAUCUUAAUGUUUUAAUAGUUAAGGCAACAAUUAGCGUAGUGAUAAUGUGCACAGAAUCGGUCAGAUUGGAUUUAAAAAGCGAGAAUUGCAGGAGAAACGCGACAAGUACGGAAACCACGACUAGCUAUUGGUAUUUGUACACGACCGUGAUAUGUACAAGGUCACGAUUAGCACUGACAAUCUGAUCAGUUCUGUAUGACUUUUAAUAAAAUUAAAGUAAUCAUAACAAUUAUCAUUGGUAACAAAGUUUACAUUGUCUUUCGAUAUCGGUGUCGUGUUUUGUUUGUAUAGGUGUCAUUUAUCUAUAAUCUUAUCACCUAUAUAGUCAGGGAUCUUCACAAUUUUUUAAUUCUGUUCAAGUUUACUA